AUGGCCAUCUGUGAUGCAAACUACUGCUUCACAAUUAUAGAUGUUGGAUCAUUUGGGAAGGAGAGUGACUGUUAUAUAUUUAAAAAAUCAGCAUUUGGUAAAAAGUUAUACAGUGGUAAAAAUAAUUUUCCACAACCUCAAUGUUUGCCAGGAGAUGAAGGAGGUACUCCGCAACCUUUCGUUAUAAUUGGUGACGAAGCUUUUGCUUUGCACACAAAUCUUUUACGCCCUUUCCCUGGAAGAACUUUAAACGAUAAAAGGCGUAUAUUUAAUUACCGUCUGUCCAGAGCAAGGCAGAAUAUUGAAUGCACGUUCGGUAUGUUAUCCAACAAAUGGAGGGUUUUUCACACCGCGCUAUUGGUAGAACCAGAUUUCGCAGUAGCGAUAACUAGCGCUUGUUGUGUUUUGCACAAUUUUGUUAGACGCAGAGAUGGAUAUAACACUGAAGAUGCUCAAAAUUUUGAAAUGGAAGAUGCAAUAGAAAAAAUUGGAGUAGGCAACCUCAAUAGCAAAAGAAGUGAGAGACUAUUUUGUAAACUAUUUUAA